GUGACUCCCAGUACCGUCGCGGGAGAUGUGGUUGGAAGUAGUAGUGGAAAUAACACCAACAGUAGUAGUGGUGGCAACGGUAACGCGUUCCAGUCUUGCACACAUAGCUCACAUAUCGGAGCCUCCACGUCAUCAAAGGUGAAGAACGAAUCAGUUGAAGGCACGGUGGAGGCAGAGACUUCGGGAGGAACAGCUCGUGUUCGUCGAAGUACACGCAGACGCACCACUAAUAACAACGCAAACAUCAACAACGCUAAUACUAGUACUAACGGAAGCAUGGGUGUUGCAAAUACCAGUUCCACUACCACAACCACCCCAACAAGCAAUGCACCCACACGGUCAUCCAGAUCUCGUGGUUCUCGCGAUACAGCCCCGGGCACAACUGUGACCAAAGCGGCAUCGACCACCACCGGCGUCGCUGCUAUCACAACCUCAUCGACACACGUUUCUCCCACACAAUCAGGCCUGAGUCAGAAUGCCACUCCGCUGAGUGGUUCCGGUGAACAUCCGGCUAAGCCAAUUAAAGUCAUCUCCAACACAACCUCCGGGGCUAGUGACACAUCCCAGGCAACUGUCACCACCGCAUCAAAUAGCGGUUUUAUCCUGCGCCAGUUUGAGGCACACAAAGCCAUCCUGGCUGCUCGUAGCCCUGUCUUCGCAGCCAUGUUUGAACACGGAAUGGAAGAAUCGCGGGCGAAUCGGGUGGAAAUCACGGACAUGGAACCGGAUACGUUAGCUGAAGUCUUGCGUUACAUCUACACCGGUCAAGUGAUCGGUCUGGAUAAAUUAGCCCAUGACCUUUUGGCCGCAGCAGACAAGUACCAAUUGGAACGCCUGAAGACCAUGUGUGAAGAGGCUUUAGUCGAGAGUUUAACUGUAGAGAACGCUUGCGACAUCCUCGGUUUGGCUGAUAUGCAUAACGCAGAACAAUUAAAGGCCCACACAUUGGAGUUCAUUAUGCUUCAUGCGCACGAUGUAUGCGAAACCGAAGGCUACGAUCAGCUUGUGCGACAUCGUCCUCGACUUCUGAACGAGUGUUUUCGCAGCCUUGCCUCACAGCAACUUCCUCUAAGGUGUUGGGCCCGUAAACGACCUAGACAAUCAUAA